AUGGAACAGACUAAUCCUAAGGAGAUUGCCAGCUGCGUGAAAGCAGCUGUGCGUGUUCGGCCUUUGUCGAUUAAUGAAAAGCAAGAUCUAUGCCAAACAUGUGUCGAAGGUCAACGUUCGACAAAUGAAAUUAUUUUGGCAAAUAGUACCGCAUUUACAUUCGAUUAUGUAUUUUUACCUGAAACUAAUCAAGAUGAUUUGUACAAAGAAUGCGUGCAUGACAUGAUUGAGGGAUGUUUUCAGGGGUACAGUGCGUCGAUAUUAGCUUAUGGUCAAACGGGUAGUGGAAAAACAUUUACAAUGGGCAGUGGUAUUGAAUAUAUGGAUCACAUGAAAGAAGGCAUUAUUCCAAGAGCAAUUGUUCAUAUAUUUCAACGUUGUGCCAGUUAUGAGCGUCAAGCAGAAGAACAAGGUAUAUCAUUAGCAAAAUGUGUUGUUUCGUGUCAAUUUAUCGAAAUCUACAAUGAACAAAUAUUCGAUCUAUUCAAUAAAGAAAAUAUUGACUGUCGUACGCAAAAACAUGUUGAUAAACACGUUGUGUUUGAGAACACAAACGGUGAAAUAACAGUUAGCAAUAUUACAACAAGGUUUGUUACAUCGGCACAUGAGACAUUGGAAUGUUUAAAAGAAGGAGCAUUGAGUCGAACAACAGCUGCUACCCGUAUGAAUAAUGUUUCUAGCCGUUCGCAUGCUAUAUUUACAGUAACGCUACAAUUUGAUCGUGCUGUUCAAUCCUCAAACUCAACAACAGUUUCGAACGAUAUUCGAGAGCAUAUACGGGCAAAGAUUCAUUUUGUUGAUUUAGCUGGUUCAGAAAGUUUGAAACGUACAGGUGCGACGGGUUUACGUGCAAAAGAAGGAAUCAGCAUUAACAGUGGUUUGUUGGUUCUCGGUAAUGUUAUCAGUGUUUUGGGUGAUCCGUUAAAAAAAGCAGCACAUGUUCCAUACCGUGAUUCGAAAUUAACUCGUCUUUUACAGGAUUCUUUAGGUGGUAACAGUCGUACUUUAAUGAUAGCAUGUAUUUCACCAGUUGAUCGUGAUUUUUCGGAAACAAAAAGUACGUUGAAUUAUGCGCAACGAGCAAGAAACAUUAGAAAUCGUGUCAAAGUCAAUCAGGAUAAACAUAGUCGACAAGUUGUUCAAUUACAAAUGGAAAUUGAACGAUUAAGAGCGGUUGUUGAAAAAUAUGAACGUCCGUGUCCGGAAUUCGAUUCAGCUAGUAAUAGUGCAUUGAGUAUUGAACUUGAUCGUAUUCGAUCGUAUGUAUAUACAAUACAACGCACAAUAGAAGAAACAAGUGCGGCAUCGUUAACGUUAAAACAAGAUCUAGAAUCGAUGCGUGAUCAUCGUCAGCAUGAUCAACAACCACAGAAAGAUGCCAAUGAAAAUGAACAUACAUUAUUGGAAGAACAAUUGUUUGAUUAUGACUACGCAUUGAAUCAAUGUUUAACGAAAAGCGAGGAAAUACAAUCUCGCCUAUCUCGAAUGAUUGAUGUGAGCAAUGUCCUCCGACGAAAAAGUCCAAUAUCUAAUCGACGACGAAGUCGUUUGUCAACAAGAUCAUUUUCAUGCGAUCAAUCAAUUACGAAUGAAAAUCAAACUCCGAAUGAUGAACUUCAACCGUGUAUUGAAGAUAUUCGUCUACAAAUUGAUCGUUUAAGACAAGAACAACAAUUAAUUCGCGAAAGUGGUUCUGCUAAGAAACGAUUGUGUUCAUCGACCAUACCCGGUUCUCCUCAAUCACCCACUGAUGCACACAUUCAACCUAUAAGAUACCCAUUAUUUACGAAUUCAUCCGAACCACCAUUAGAACUCAUACCAAUUGAAGAACAUGAACCGGCACCAGGAAGCGAAGACGAAGAAGAACAAAACGAUCAAGAGAAUGAAAAUGUUCAGAUGUCUGAUCAACAGGAACAAAAUGCCCAAGAAGAAAAAUUGGUUCUUAUAACAACGGAAAUUAAUCAAAAACAGCGUUGUCUAGAAGCAUUGGAAAAUGCACGAAAACGAAGUGAUGUUGUUCGUCUACGUUAUGAAGACAAAAUUAAAUUAUUACAAGAACGUAUUACACAUGCUGAAGAAGAUAAACAGUCAGCCGUGACAAAAUUAACAUCGUGUAGUCGUGAUACACAAAAUCUUGAAGAACUAAAACUAGCUCGCCGUGAUUAUGAAGAUAAAAUACGUCGUCUUGAAGUUGAAAAUAAUGAAUUAUCAGCAUUGCGUGCUCAAUACGCUGUUUGCAUUAAAGAUGGUGAUUAUUACAAACGUGAAUUAGCAAAACAUAACAAUGAAAUGAAAGAUUUGAGAAAAAUGAAAGUACAAUUAACACGUGAACUACGUCAAGAAUUUAAUCGUCACCGACAAGCAGAACAAGCUAGAGCACGCGAAAUAGCUACAUUAAAACGAACUCAAAUACAAAAGGAAAAUGAAAUUCGAACAUUACGUGCAGCACACAAACAAAAAGAAAUGAUAUUGAAGCGAAAACAAGAAGAAGUUCACCUGCUUCGUCGUCAAAUGCGUACUGCGCGAAUGAGAAAAACGACAAAUGAAAUGACUGCACAUUUUUCAUCAAUUCAACAAGGAAUUGCUAACGCUAUUCGUCGUCGAAAACUGAUUGCUGGUGUUAAUCGUGAUAUGAAAUCAUUAAUAGAGAAUCGUGAACGUAUAAGUCGAAAACGUGAACGUCAUCUUCAACGUUUAAGUUCCGCAAUUGUUGCAAACAACGACCAAAAGGCUGACGAUCAAGCGUGUAAAUUACGUGAAAAAAUUACAAAAUUAGAAAGUAAUAUUACGUAUCUGAAUUCUCAAAUUGUUUCGUGUCAACAAUGUUUAAUGGCUUAUGAUGAAGAAGAUACAAACGAAUUGCAAGGACCAGAUCCACAAUUGAUUGUCGAUUGUGUCACAGAUACAGAUGAAUUGCGUUAUUUAUUAACAAAAAUGAUUGAACAAACUGUUGAAAAAGGUUUUGAAGCCGAAGAAGCGAACGAAAUGAAAGAUGAAUUACAAACAGAAGUGAAUCAAUUUGAACGAACAAUACGUUUACAACAAGAAAUGAUUAUCGCAUUGCCAACAUCAGCGAAUACAACCACAACAAUAUCAACAGCAACAACACCAAAUGGUUUACCGUCCACACUAACAACCACAACAACAACAGCAGCUAAAAGACAAAAAGCUUAUCCUCCAUCUAAAACAAAACGAAAAAAAUCAAGUGAUAACAAUAUUGAAGAUGAUUGUGAUUCAAUUGAUGAAAUUAUUUUGCAGCCACAUUGGGAAGAUAAUGAAACAACGGAUGAGGAAACAGAAAUUGGUGGAGGGGUGGAUGAUAGCGAUGAUGAGGAUCGACCGCGUGGAAUUCUUCAGCCAAUAUCAGCUGUUGACUCACAACAACCGAAACAACAGCCAUUAUUAAAUAGUACUCCAGUCAGCAAUCACAAACAACAAUUAUUGCCAAUAAAUACCUAUAUAGUAAAGAAACCAAAUAGUAAUGUGGUACAAAUACAAUAA